AUUAAGAAAAGCUUUCGAAUAAAAAUAAUAUAUACUUCACAUAAUACACCAGCCUUUGUUAAGUAGUAACAACUUCAACCUAAGCCUCCAUAUAAGCCCCCACCUCAUAAAUCUCUUUAUAAAGUCCCAAAUUGCAACAAGUGACCAACAACAGUCUACAGCGCCUAACAAGCAGUGCUGAAAAAUCCCUUUAACAUUGGUGUGUGUUAAAAGUUAACAUUGAACUUUUUGUUUCGUGUUAAACAACCUUUGACUAAUGUUACAUUAGCAUAUGUAGGCAAAAUUUUGAUAUUAGGAAAUUCUUAUCGUUAAGAUAAUGUGUGUUAAAUACAUGCAAUAAAUAGCACAAUUAAAAGACAAAUUUUCAAUUUGUUUCGCAAAAUCUUCCCCACAGGUUAUCGCAGUGAUAUCCAUACUAUUUAUAGUCCUGUCUACCAUAGCCCUGACGUUGAACACCCUACCACAACUACAACACAUUGACAAUGGCACACCACAGGAUAAUCCUCAAUUGGCUAUGGUUGAGGCCGUUUGUAUAUCAUGGUUUACUCUAGAAUAUAUACUUAGGUUUAGCGCAUCACCGGAUAAAUGGAAAUUCUUUAAGGGCGGCCUUAAUAUAAUCGAUCUAUUGGCAAUACUCCCAUAUUUUGUGUCCCUAUUCCUGUUGGAGACAAAUAAAAAUGCAACGGACCAGUUCCAGGAUGUGCGCCGGGUGGUGCAAGUUUUUCGCAUCAUGCGCAUCCUGCGAAUCCUUAAGCUGGCCCGUCACUCAACGGGCCUGCAGUCGUUAGGCUUUACGCUACGAAAUUCAUAUAAGGAACUCGGUCUACUAAUGCUGUUCCUGGCCAUGGGCGUUCUCAUAUUUUCUUCGCUGGCAUAUUUUGCCGAAAAGGAUGAAAAGGAUACAAAAUUCGUUUCAAUACCGGAAACAUUUUGGUGGGCGGGUAUUACAAUGACAACUGUUGGCUACGGGGACAUCUAUCCCACUACUGCACUGGGAAAGGUUAUUGGUACUGUGUGUUGCAUAUGCGGUGUUCUGGUAAUCGCUUUGCCUAUUCCCAUCAUCGUUAACAAUUUUGCUGAAUUUUAUAAGAAUCAGAUGCGACGCGAAAAGGCGCUGAAACGGCGUGAGGCGCUCGAUCGUGCCAAACGUGAGGGUAGCAUUGUUUCCUUUCAUCAUAUCAAUUUGAAAGAUGCUUUCGCCAAAUCAAUGGACCUUAUCGAUGUGAUUGUUGAUACAGGCAAGCAAACAAAUGUUGUACAUCCUAAAGGUAAAAAACAAGUACCACAAAAUAUAGGAAAAGAGACCCUGAGUUCUCAACUAGCAGGGCACAACCUAUCUCAGACGGAUGGGAAUAGUACGGAAGGUGAAUCAACCAGUGGUGGACGUAACCCAGCUACAACUGGCACUGGAUGUUAUAAAAACUAUGAUCAUGUAGCCAAUAUGAGGAACUCAAAUAUGUCACAUCAUCGCACGUCAGUACCUGAUCCAGAUGCAGUACCGCCCUAUUCAGUGGAUAAUCAAGCGAAUGCACGACAAACUUCUAUGAUGGCCAUGGAAAGUUAUAAACGUGAGCAACAAGCAUUACUGUGGCAACAACAGCAACAGCAGCAGCAGCAGCAACAACAACAACAACAAACUCAAACUAUUGGAAAUAACAUUUCCACAUCAGCUGGCGCUAUAUUAACCGACGAUGGAUUACAGACGAGCGAUGCGGUCGCAACAGUACCAACCUCAAUGCCUGUACAAAUGAUGAUUACACCAGGGGAAGUAGCAGAACUGCGACGGCAGGUGGCUCUAGAGAAUUUACAAAAUCAGAGAAUGGAUAAUUUGGAACAGGAUGUACCGGUGGAAUUUGAAUGCUGCUUCUGCACAACGAAGGAAUUCAAGGAAUUCACAGAUGCGGAGGGCGUCAUUUCUCUUCCAACUUCUGACUUCCAUAAACCCAUUUGCUUAGAAAUGCGCAUGGCCGCAAAUCAAGCUAAUCGACAGUUAUAUGCUGAUCAGUAUGGCUUGAUAUCACCACCCACCCAUUUAUACAAUCAACAGCAACAACAAUUAACCGGUGCUAUUGCUGUAACAGCAGGUGAAGCGCAUGCAGAUGUUAUAUUUUCAAUAGGACAUGCUGCAGGACGUACGUCGGCUCCCUUCACUGCCACUGGUAUUGUACCCACUUCACAAUCAACAUCCUCAACAUCUUCAUCAUAUGGUACUACAACAUCGACCACAAUAGCGCUGCCACUCGACACACCGUUCCGUUAUCCACCUUUUAUCUCCAGCAGUACCAAUAAUAAUUUUAACCAUAACUUCAACAAUAACUUCAACACAACAUCUGUUGGUGCUUGCAAUGCAUUGGCCAUGAGUACCGGCAAUGGAAUUCUGGGGCUUGGUAAUAAUUUCAACAACAAUUUCAGCAGCAGUAAUAAUAACAAUGCCGAUUUAGCCAGCGUUGAUAGCUCGGAUACAUAUGCAAGUUGCCAAACACAUCCAUUUUUAUCACAAGGUGAUCUCACUGCGGAUUUAGGAGAUGAAGCAUGUGCUUUGGAUAUAGACAUGGAAAAUUUGUAUAUAAAUCCGCUUGAGAAGGAGUCAACAAUAGGCACGACCGGAUUUGUAGUUGGCUUGCCACCGACUAGUGCAACAAGUAUGUCACGUUCACAUGUAAAGAAAAGUGCUUCGGGUGAUACAGCACUAAGAAAUUUGGCCACUGGAGCUUUAAGUCCUAUGGAUGAUGUUUACCAAAAUUUUGAGGUACAGGAGCGAGGUAGUCGUGUUAGUCUUAAUGAGAACCCAGUGCCAAAGCAUCGCAAAACGCGUUUUCAGCAAAGUUUUUCAUCAAUGCAUUCCAGUAUUAUAGCUGCGGGGACUGUAGUAAAGCCCCGAGCACGUUUUGAAGACUCAAAGGUCUCACAGGAGAAUGUGGGCCAAGAAUCAAGUCCUGCGAGUAGCGGGAGUAAAAAGAAGCGUUCAUCUUUUAUGCCGGGCAAAAGUUUAGCCACUGCCACUAAGUUGAUAAAUCAGCAUUUGUUCGGUAUACAGAAUAUUGGAUCUAAAGCCAAAUUUGAAAGUAAACAUUCCUCAUCGAUAGAUUCAAUUGACGCAUCACCAAAUCUUGAACACCAUAGACGCUCAAAAUCAAUAUUAAAAAAUAAAUCAGAUAUGUCGAGAAUAUUGACGGAUCCAGAAAGCGAACGUCUGCUUGCAGAUAACAUGUCUGGUUCUGGUGUAUCUGACAAUGGCACAGUAAUGAAUUACUUGCAGGGCGAAUCUGGCAGCGAUUACUCACCGAAUAAGUUACCUCAUUCACUUUUAGCUAAGUCUAUAUCCCCACCACCACUUAGGCAUCGUACCUUAAUACAACAACGCUCAGGUCCAGCCACAUUACAAUCAAAACCUACAAAAUUUCAAACUCCGCGAUAUCCAGAAGAACAAGCUUUGCGUCAGGUGAAGCCGGUGUUAGCAAGAACUGCUGCGGCGUCGCACAUGUCCAGCGAUAGCCGUUAUGAUUCAACGAACAGAGAUAGUAGCUUAGAUUCAGAAACGACAUUUACAUCAAAUGUAAAUAUACGUGAUGAAGCUGGCGAUAAUGGCACAGAUGCUAAUGGACAAGUUGGUGAGGGUUCAAGUGAUGAAAAUCGUUCCCUACUUCAACGUAGUAACUCCUUUGAAAGAAGUGAAGCGGAUGGAAAUGGGCCAACGUAGCAAUUACUUAAAAAAUCAAAGCAAGAAUAAAACUCCCAGUGAUAGCAAAGACAAGGCAAAGCAACUUUAUGAAAUGUGAAUCGAAAAGCAAUGAACAGUAUCCUAGACUUAAUAGUUUUUAUUUAACACAUAGAGUUUUAAGCAAAUUGUACACUAAGAAAAGGAAAUUCAAUUUUUAGUUCAUUUAUUGAAAGCUUCGUAUAGAGAAAGCCAUUUUUAUGCUACUAAAAAAGAAAAAAAAAAACAAAAG